AGGAGCGGCGCCCAUAAAAACUCCCCCGAUGAUGAAGAAAAUACCGCCGAUGUACCAGCACAACAGCCUGCCGCGAAAGAGCAAUUUCAACAGGAAUGCCCCUGCCAGGAGGUCUGCAGGUGCUGAACCGCUGGUAGAAUACUUCGUGCCGAGAAGCAUAAGCGAAUUCGACCUCUCCAUGGCCUCUGAGGACGCCGCAACCGCCGGCAACUUCCUCCCGCUCACCGUAAGGGUGCCAAGGAGGGUCAUCUCCAAGCAGAAGGAGAAGAUGGUCACCUUCGAGGACGAGUUGGCCAUCAGGGCGGACAACCCGAACUUCAACGACGUGUUCAUGUGACAGAAGGGAUAGCAUAACGAGAAGAAAGUCGAAGACAUGGUCGACGACUUCAACCUAGUGAAGAAGGAACUGAAACAAUUCAAAAAUUUCAGGUUGUGCGAGGAUCUGAAGAAGUGCGAGGAGGGUUGUUCUUGCAACACGGAAGCGGAUUGUGACAUUUGUAAAGUUAUAGAUUUCACCAUGAAGAAAGACAAGUUAUAGCUGAGAGAGGGGUGUGGAAAUGACGGUGAUUUAUAGGGUCUGUGUAGUGAAGGGGACUCAGGAGAGAGCCAUGGGGGAGCCCUGUUGCUACUGUAUAGUAUCUAAUACGUUCUUGACGAUUACUGAAGGGUAUUGAUAGAAUAACCAGCCACCUCUUUCAGUACAAAUUACCAGUCAAACUAAUGUUAACCUCAAUUUGACAUCGAUUGUCAAUCAUCGAAGUCUAUCAAGAAGUAAAUUAGUAAAGAGUCCCAAAGCCUAGCCUUCUUCAACCAUCCAUGGUCCUUAUGUAUUUUUUUUUAUACAGAGUUCAGACAACUCCCCUUUAAAUUUUGUGGCUCACCAAAUUUUUUUCAGGAAUCCCUCUAUAUUUUGGGGUCUUAGGAUCAAGUAAGUCUACCAAUUUAGCAGCCUGAGUUCGAAUCACAACAGCGUGAAGGCAAAGAUAGCUUCAUUUUAUGACUCAUAAGUGUACAACUGCAUGGGGUAAUAACUGUUGAAGUUUACAGCACACUUAAAACUGACAUAAAAUUGCUAUCUGACCUCUCGUAAAAAAGGAGGGAAAUGAACUGGAUUGGCUGUUACUGCAGACUGGAGUCUUUCUAAUUAAAUCUGAGGAUGAAGUGGUAUAAGAAUCAGGAGGCUCAGUCCUGAGGGAAUAAUUUAAGAAUCCUAAUUGUUCGAAUCAAUUAUUCCUUUUUUCUUAGUCUUAUCCUCAGUUCCUUUUCGAAUUGUCUUGGAGAAGACAAUUCUUCUGGGUAUAUUCUAUUCUGUGGAAUAUCUAUUUCCUUCCAUUCGGGGUGUAUUCUCUUGGCAGAACUCCUGCCUGAGAUAGUUCAGGACGAAACAGUCCUGAAUAUUUCUCUUCAUAACUGUUGUUUUCGAGGUGCAACAAUAAGUCAGUUUUAUGACUAGUCGUAGCUUAUUUUUCACCUCAAUCUUGAUGUUUACCAUAUAGAGUUGUAGACAUCGAGACACAAGAGUUUGAAACAAAAACGCUGAAUACCUUUUUACCACGAAUUUUUCGAGGGAGGCUGGUUAUUCGCAAAUGAUUUUUUACGACGAGAAUUUUUAUAAAUAUGUAUAAAGGCUAGCUGGAUUCAGCCGAAAUGGAAAUAAUAUGUGUACAAAAUUGGAAUGUAUGUGAAAUAUUGUAAAUAUUAUUUGAAGUAAUCGACAUUCAUCAUUAUUCGAUUGUUAUGAGAUCCAUAAUCUGUUAAAAAUUACCUACUUUUGAAAUAUAUUAUUCGAAUAUUC